AUUGGCCGGGCGGCCGCCGGGGAGCGGGGGCAGCAUGUUGGGCUGCGCGCUACUUAAGGUCCUGCUGCGUGAGCCACUGACGUGUUUGGAGCUGGACACGGCCUGGGCGCGGGCGAGAGCGGCCGCCCGAGCACUUCCUGCAGUGAGAAGACGGGCGGGAUGCCCCUGGCAGCGCGGAGACUGAGAGACCCGGACAUCAACCCUUGCUUGUCGGAAUCUGACGCUUCUACCAGAUGCAUGAAUGAAAACAACUAUGACAAGGACAGGUGCUCCACUUACUUCAUGAGGUACAAAAACUGCCGGAAAUUUUGGAAUUCUAUCAUGGUCCAAAGAAGACAGAAUGGAGUGAAGCCAUAUAUGCCUACAGCUGCCGAGAGAGAUGAAAUCUUGGGAGCCAUGGGGAAAAUGCCUUAUUGAUUGUUUGCAUUAAAAUUGUUUCUAUAAUUAGAAUCAGGUGACAUCUUUGCGGUGGGAGGGUGAGGGGACUUUGCGCCAGCCAGUGCAGGGGGCCCCAGCGAGCAUUCCUUGUGAGCCUCAGCCUGGUGGGGUAGCUCUGUGCUAGAGGCUUCCGGGGACGCCCCAGUGGGCUGGGGCGGGGACAGGCGCCACCAGGAACAGAGCCUGGAGUGUGUCCGUGGCCGCACUGCAGCCCUUUGAGCUGGACCAGCAGCAUGUGAGGAGAUUGCCCGUGGCCAGGCCCUGCCCGGACACAGCUCCUCCGAAAUCUGGCAGCGAGACCGCGGGAAGUCAGUGCGAUGUGUCGGCGUUGGCUCUCGCCCUGCAGUCUGUCCUGCCUUCGCCAACUCUGCCCAGGGAGUGUGAGGAAGGCCACACGAGGACUUGAACUUUUCCCACUGAUCUCAAGAGAAAAGUGAAUUGUGGAUAAGCAAGAAUGUAGUGGAAAUAAGAGUAGGGCAGUAUUUAUCCAGGAAAGGCCAGUGUCGCCAGCUCCAGCCAGAUGGAAGGAAGGCACGAGCCAAACCCGGACAGUAGUCUGUGGCUCCUCCAUGGGAGCUUAACAAGGAGAGUGCGAAGGGCCGUGUGGCGGGCCCUGAAAUCCUGGACUCAUUCCUGAGAUAGCUGUGUUUAAGUCACUUAUCCCCGUGUAAACAAGACCAGUGAAUUCACCAGGCAGGGAAGCAGGGCUGUGGGGACGUUGUCUUCAGUGGCAGGUAGAAGGGCUAGUUUACUUUCUUCAAGAGGAUUCUGCAGCUGAGAUUUACAAAUACAGAAUAACCUUUUGACAUCAUGCUCCUUUCUUUUGGGUUGGUUUGGGGGCCUCCCCGGCGAUGCCCGGGGGUGACUCCUGACCGCUCAAGGAUGACUCUUGGCGGUGCUCAGGGAACCGUAUGGUUGGCAUGUGCAAGUCAAAUGGCUUAAAACCAGAUAGAAAGUACCCUAUCUGCUGUACUUUCACUCUGGCCCAUCGUUUUUUAAUUUUAAUUUAUUCUUAUAAGGUUGUUCAUAAUAUUUGAUUACCUUUAAUAUUCAAGCACCAAUCCCACCACCAUUAUACCUUCCCAUCACCAUAUUUCCAUCCCGAACCCCACACCCUACUCCCAAAGCAGAACUGAAACAAUUUAUAUUGCUAGUUACAAAUAAUCCACUAAAAAUGAGACAAAAAUGAUUUCUUAGAGGAAAGUCUGUGAAGAUUGUUGAAUUUCACCCAGGAGCCACCUAUAAGAGAUUAGUAACCUGUUAAAGAUUGAGCCUUGUGUGCAUAUAUCUGUAUAAACAUAUUUCCUCCUAAGAUUGGUUGCCUUCUACUUUAAUCCCCUGCCUCCCUCCGGGUUGCCCCAAAUGAAACAGCUUGGCACAGGGUUUGGCAUCAUGGCUGUGGCGUUUCAUUUUGGCCCCAUCACUUUUUAACCAUGAUAAUAAAACAGAAUCUCUCGGAAGCAAGAUUUCUAUUUGUGGGAUGAGAUGUGCAAGGUAGGACAUGGUAGAACUACUGGGAUGGGAACAUCCUAGUGGAAGGGGAGUGUCAUUUCUUUGAGAGCAUUCAAUAUGCUGGUUGGGGGAGGAUUGUAUCGUUGCUGUCAUUCACACAAUGUAAAUGCAGUUGAAUUUGUGUACAAAAUCGUUCCUGAAAAAGACAUGCAUUUAAUAAAAUUCAACAUAUAGUAGAGAAUCAGUGGAAACAAAUUAUGCCCCUUUCUUCAUCCGGUCUUGGACCAAGAGUACCAUGUUAAUGACUGCUGACAACAAGCUAUCCAUCUCAUUGGUUUUGCUCCAAAACACAACUCUAAUGUUUUUAAGCCAUAUGACCUUGGUUAUUAAAUUUAAUUCAAUCUGAAUAAAAGAUGGAUUGUUUCAUAAA